AUGGCGACGUCCGCCUGCGGUGAAGGCACGAAGAGGGCAUGCAAUGCGUGGCCGCAGAGCUACAUGGAUCGCCGGUGGGAGGAGGCCACCGGCGAGUCCGUCUUCGAGGCUUGCAUCUUCUUGAGUCGCCACACCGCCGUCUCUAAUCGCCCUGCCCUAACUGUUCAUCCUAUCGGCGUGCCGCAUUUGAGGGAUGAUGAGGUCCCGCCACAAGGAGGGAAGCCUGGCUGGGCUGGACUGCCGAACCCUAGGAUUGGGCCGUUGACGAUUGCGGAGGACCAAGGGCUUGUUCCCGAGUUUGAGGUUACUCUGGAAGGAACUCAUCAUGGACCUCUUGUCAAUACACCAACCAUGUUUUUAGAAAUCGGAAGCACAGAGGAGUACUGGGGGAGACAAGAUGCUGCCCAAGUUAUCGCAUUACUUAUGUGGAAAGGACUUGGGAUGGAAGGAGGUGCUGGUGUAGGAGAUUGGUACAGGAAUGAAGGUAGAAAUAAAGUUCUUCUCGGAGUAGGAGGUGGCCACUAUGCACCUCGUCACAUGGAUAUUGUUUUGAAGGAUGGUGUUUGGGUGGGCCACUUGUUAUCAGGAUAUUCUUUGCCAAUGGUAGAUCCUAAACAGAGUAAAGGAAAUGGCCAUGAGAAUGACAUUGGUGGAACAUGGAAACAAUCCAUCAAUGUUGCAUAUGAAGCUACCAAAGCUGCUUUUCCUGGAGGGGUAAUUAUAGCACAUCUUGACCAAAAGAGCUUCAAGAGCUGGCAGAAAAAUGCUAUCAUCAGCUAUUUGACAGAGAAGAACAUAAAGGUCGGGAAACCUGCAGACUUUGUAUAAAAAGCUGAGAAAUUUUCCCGUUCUACAUCGUAUUAUUCUUUAGAUCAAUAUAAGUUAUGCUGUAGUUACUAUAGAAUUUCAGAGAUAUGAGAUUGCAUCUCGUAGAUGGAUUUUACAUACAGUAUUGAGGCUGCAAGAGAAUAAAGCAUAUGUUUGGUUGUUUACGCCCUAGAAUGAAAGCAAAUAGGUUUUCUCCA